AUGGCCUCCUCGUCUUCGCUCCUCGACAUCCUCCGCUCGCAGACCGCCCUCGUCUCUGCCGCGUCCGAAGCCGUUCCAUACCAAUUCACGCAAUGUACCUACCACCUCGGCCCCGUCCGCCAGGCCGUGCACCUCUGCCUCACCUGCGCGUCCCCGCGCGGGCUCUGCGCCCCGUGCGCCGUCGCGUGCCACGGCGAGCACGAGCAGAUCGAACUCUUCCCGAAGCGUCGCUUCAGGUGCGACUGCCCCACAUCCGCUCUCGCGCACCCCUGCACGCUGCACAAGGAGGCCGAACCGGAGAACACCGAGAACGCGUACAACCGCAACUUUGAUGGCGCGUUUUGCCGGUGCGGGAGGCGCUACGACCCCGAGCGCGAGCGGGAGACGAUGAUACAAUGCGUCGUCUGCGAGGACUGGUUCCACGAGUCGUGCUGCAACCUCCGCGAGCGUCCUCCAUCGCGCGAACCGACGCCCGCGCCGCAAUCGGACGACGUCACGGCACCCGCAGAAGAGGGAGGGCACGACGACGGCGCGUCGGACGCGUCCUCGUCCGACCUCCCGCCCGCCCGCAUACCGGGCACGUCCUACGACGCGUUCGCGUGCGGCGCGUGCGUCAGCGGGGUACCGACGCUGCGGCGGUACGCAGGCACGCCGGGCGCGAUGGUCGUCCUGCGCGACGCGCUGGGGGAAGCGUGGAAGGUCGUGCCGCCUCUCGCGGCAGAAGAUCUAGAGGCGGAGGGCGAGGUCGACGUGGUGGACGCGCCGGGCGCGGGGAAGAGGACGCGACCGGCCGACGGCGAUGGGUUAUGUCACGAAGACGAGCCGGAGGUGAAACGGCUGCGCCAUUCCGAGGACGAGGACACCGCCGCGUUCUCGACCCAGUCCGCCGACGAGGCGUGCCCUACCCGAAACGCGUCUAGCACCUGCCUCGCGCCUCCUCCCAACCCCGCCGCGCAGCGGAUCUUCGAGCGUCUGCGCCCCGGCGCAACCGGUCACACCGACUCCUCGACCACCGCGGCUCAAGAGCCAGAACCGGACGCAUCGCUCGGAACGGGCGACGUCUUCCUGACCGAAGGCUGGCGAGAGCGCUGGUGCCGCUGCGCGUCGUGUCUUCCAUCGCUCGCGGCGCAUCCGUACCUACUCGACGAAGAAGAGACGUACGAGCCGCCCGAGGACCCCGACUCCGGCCUCUCGCUCGAGGAGCUCGGGAUGCGCGCGCUCGCGAGGUUACCGCGCGACAGGGCGCUGGACGGGAUCAGGGCGUACAACAACAUGCGGGACGAACUCAAGGCGUACCUUCGCCCAUUUGCGCAGGCGGGCACGGUCGUGAGCGAGGCAGACAUCACGCGCUUCUUCGAGGCGCGGAAGGCGGGGCAAGCUGCGUGAGAAGCCGGCGGCGGCCGAUGGAUUUGCGUGCAUUCUUUGUCUCGCGAAUCGGUUGUUGGAAGUGAAAAAAAAAAACAUGUACCUCUGUAGAGCAGAUACAGAUGCUGCGUGUACUUUCUUUAGUAGUCGCCGACUCAGACAGCUCUAUAUCAUCC